UUAUAAUUCCAAUCUAUCAAUCACUCCGUAAUACUUCCCGCGGCUUUGAACGCGGCUUCAGUUUUGGCUUUUUGCUUUUCAUUAUUAUAUCUAAUCGCAAUCUUUUGCGCCCUUCCGAAAAUCCAAAAUACUUUUAUUAUUAUUUAUUAAUUAAUUUAUUUUUGUUUUAGGAAUCUGAAAUUACAAGAAUCAGCUCGUGACUGUUUUCACUUGUUAGUACAGUACACUACCAGUGCCAAGAUUUCAAUGCUAGUGUUCAGCAAUGAUUGAGUGGAUCUUGUUUGCUUAGAUGGAAGUGGGGAGAAAGUGGAGGGAAGUGACGGAAUAUGAUGAAGUUCCACAUAUCAACAACAGGGAUAAAGAGGGUUAAGAUAUCCAACUCGAGCGGAGGAGGAGGUAGUAAGGGAGCGACGGUAGCUGCAACAGGGGCCGCGGCGUUGCGUGGACGGUUAUCAAGCCGGACGCUAUUGCUGGUGAUGUUGGUUUUGGGGAUCGCGUUGCCUUUUCUUUUCGUUAGAAUUGCCUUCUUGGUUCUUGAAUCUGCUUCUUUGUCUUCUUGUUCUUCUCCUAUCGAAUGCAUGGGAUGGAGACUUUUCAGCGGGGCUGACACAUCUCAGAAACUCAGAGAAGAACUUACGCGGGCACUAACGGAGGUAAAAGAUGACAACAUUGUUGAAGGGCGAAUAGAGGGUUCAUUGGAGUCAUUCAAUGAGCGUGUGAAGGAGAUGACAUCAAAACAACAAGACAUCAAGGCCUUUGCUUUCAAGACAAAGGCUAUGCUAUUAGGUAUGCAGCAGAAGGUCCAGUCAGCAAAGAAGCGUGAGUUAAUGUACUGGUAUUUAGCUUCACGGGUUGUCCCAAAGAGUUUACAUUGCCUAUGCCUGAAAUUGGCAGAAGAGUAUACCGUAAACGCAAUGGCCCGCUCAUGUUUACCUCCACCUGAACAAGUUUCACGUCUUGCUGACAAAUCCUUUCACCAUGUUGUGCUUCUGACGGACAAUGUCCUGGCUGCCUCUGUUGUCAUAUCCUCUACAAUUGAAAAUGCAGCAAAUCCUGAAAAAUUGGUUUUUCACAUAGUAACAGACAAGAAAACUUACACCCCAAUGCAUGCAUGGUUUGCAAUAAAUUCUCUCAAAUCAGCAGCAGUGGAAGUUAAGGGAUUACAUCAAUAUGAUUGGUCACUGGAGGUGAAUGUUGGAGUUAAGCAGAUGUUGGAAAUUCAUCGCUUGAUUUGGAGUCAUUACUACAAUAAUCUGAAAGAAGAAGACUUUGAAUAUGAAGGAGAGUAUACAAAUUGUUUGGAGGCUUUAAGCCCUAGCUGCCUCUCCCUUAUGAAUCAUCUUCGCAUUUAUAUCCCUGAACUGUUUCCAGAUCUCAACAAGAUAGUAUUCUUGGACGAUGAUGUUGUAGUUCAACAUGACAUAUCAUCUUUGUGGACAAUGGAUCUCAAUGGGAAAGUUGUUGGUGCAGUUGUUGACUCAUGGUGUGGGGGCAACUGUUGUCCAGGAAGGAAAUACAAGGACUACUUGAAUUUUUCACACCCAAUAAUUUCAUCCAACCUCGACCAAGAUCGUUGUGCAUGGCUUUCUGGUAUGAAUGUCUUCGAUCUUGAAGCUUGGAGGAGGACCAACAUCACAACUUCUUAUCAUAAAUGGUUGAAAAUUAGUCUAAAAUCUGGGCUGACGCUAUGGCAACCGGGAGUGCUUCCACCAACCUUACUUGCUUUUGAGGGUCAUGUGCACCCUAUUGAUCCUUUAUGGCAAUUGGCGGGGUUAGGCUAUCGAUCCUUGUCGUCUGCUCAUGGACAGAUGCUGGAGGCUGCUGCUGUUUUGCAUUUCACUGGCCCUGCAAAGCCAUGGCUUGAGAUUGGGUCUCCAGAAGUACGAAGCCUGUGGAAUAGACAUGUAAAUUUCUCAAAUAGCUUUAUUCGGAAAUGUAGAAUUUUGGGGUAAGAGGACGAAGUUCUCUCACAUUUACAUACUCAUUUCGGAACCAAAAAUGGCAUUAACAGUGUGGAACCAGAGGGAAGAAGGUUUUGCCUUCAGUCUCUGCUCAUACUACCACACCGGUAAUUUUCAUGUCCGUAAUAGAAAUAGACGGAGGUAGUCCGUCAUAUACGGUAUAGUAAGGAUCUUCAAGCGUCAAUAGAUAUAAUGAUUAGAUCAAUGUAGCUCUUGAAAAACAAUGUAAAUUACUCAAGUCAGUUAAUUGAAAUUACUUAUCUCGAUGGCAAAACUCUUUUUUUUUUUCCCAGUUUAGUUAAAGGGUGUUUUGCUUCACACUUUUUUUUUUAGCUGGGUUAGAACUCACGCUCACAUGUCUUUCUUAAAGCCUCUCAACCGCUAGAUCAAAAGGUAAAACACAUUUUUGCUUCGCAUUGAAUUCAUAUCCCAUUGCUAUUUAUGUAUAUCUAUAUCUCGAUACUCUUGGUUUGAUGCAUGCUUUGGUUCUUUAACUUCUCGUUGAAUGAAAGAUUUAAUAUUUUUUCUGGCAUGUGAAUUUUUGAAUUCUUUUUA